AGAGGUGGAAGGCUAGAGAUAAAGUGUCGGUACACUUAAACCAUUCUGCCGCUAAUGGACCGAAAUGCCCACAUAAUAGAAUGAAGUUUAACUUGAUUGGCUGCGGCCACUUACCGGUCGCUUUAUAUAUACUGUAAGAUACCGAUUUACCUCAGCUUGUUGUGAUCGUCCAGAGUCGAGUACGAAAUGCCAGCCCAUAUCAUGACAAAGUUCAAAGUUUUCCUCACGGUUGCAGUGGUAGCGACGAUAUUGCUGAUUAAACAAUUUUGGGAUGCAUCAUCGAUUCAAUCUGGAUUAAAUGGUAUGCAUCGAUACAUUGCCAUGCCUUUUCCGACAACUCCAACGCCACAUUUGGAACAAAAAACAGUCCACGUUCAUUAUUACAAUAUGCCCCAUUGGAUCACUGUAAGUGUCUUCAAUCGCUGUGAAUACAAAUGUACAAUGACAUAUGGAUCCAAAGGCUAUGAUGCUGCAAAGGUGGUGAUGUUCCAAGGACCAAGAAUAAAAUCUCAAGAAAAGCCGCCAGAAAAGAAACCUGGUCAGCUAUGGAUUAUGCAUGGUCUGGAACCACCGGCUUACUACUGGAAUAACUUAUCACACUGGGCAAAUUUAUUUAAUUGGACUUUCACAUAUCGAAGAGAUUCCGAUGUUUUCCAAGCACCUUUUAGAUUUCACUUUUUACCAAACAACGUCACAAUAUCUGCAUUGAUUAAAGAGAGGAAAACUAAAGAUAGGAUAUCGGCUUGGACGUUGUCGCACUGUGGUGCCGUUAGUAAGCGCGACGAAUAUACAAAGCUUAUGCGAAAGUCCACCGAUAUCCACGUGUAUGGUGGAUGUGGACAGUAUAAAUGCCCGCUUUCAAACGAAAAUCAUUGUGAUGAACUCCUUCGAAAGCAUUACAAGUAUUACUUAGCUUUUGAAAACUCUCUUUGUGUCGAUUACAACAGUAAAAGGCCAUUUAAAACAUACCGUCACUCUCCGUCUACCAUUCCAGUGAUGAGAGGCGGUGUGAAUUAUUCUCUCUUUUUCCCACCAGGAUCAUAUCUUGAUACAGCGGACUUUGAUACAGCUGAUAACCUGGCUUCAUUCAUGAAUAAGCCUGAUGAUGAAAAUUGGAAUUUGGAAGAAACGUUUGCCUGGACGACUAGGUAUUCCAUUGACGAUCAGUCCCAACAUAAGGACUGGUGCUCGUUGUGUGAACAAUUGCACAGUGCUAAAAAGUUUCAACGACUGUAUGUAAACAUCCACAACUGGUUGUAUGAUAAACCAAGAAAGGCAUGCAAAGAUGCAAAAGACCUUUUAUAGUUAAGGUAGAUAUGUAGCUAGCUAUGGAUUAUAUUCGAUACAUUAUAUUUUACGAGCCAUUAUUCAGUUUAUUACUGUUAUUGUUAGCCAGUGGCCAGUUAUACACGGUAUGUGCAUGUAUAAGGUGAUGUGUAUUGUAUAAAGUUGUGUUUGAGUAUUACAAUAUUGUGUAAUUGACUGUAGGCCUGUGUAUAUUUAGUAAUACAGCACUAAAAUGAGAGAGAGAGAGAGAGAGAGAGAGAGAGAGAGAGAGAGAGAGAGAGAUUCAUGUAAGUCGAUGUAGGUCGGAGGAACUGGGAUCGACCAAUACGUGUGAGGAGCGACACAGGAGGAGAUGGAAGGAGCUGCAUGUACAAUAGGUAGGAGGAGCUGGGAUUGACCAAUCAGAGUGUGAGCAAGGAGCGCUGGAGGAGACGAUUAGUCAAUGAGAGUGCAGUAUAAGAUGUGGGUGUAUAUAGGACUAAAGCUUAAGAAAUCUAGAGAACAUAGUACGGUAAACUGUGUAUUUCAACCAUAAGAUAUUUGAUUGGAUAUAGCUUGUACAUUUUCUUAAAAACAGUAUUUCCUCAUCAUCAUUUGGGUCGAUGAGAGGCACUAUAGUGAGUGCUGAAUAUUGAUUCAGAGUGGGUGUAUACAUUGUGACGUCAUAGAUUUACAUGUAUUAAUAAAACUAUAUGAACUUUUUGUCGAAUAUUUCGUUCGCAAAAUUCGAAAAAAGUGAGAAGAAUUAGACCAGGUGUUCGGAGAAAUUAGCGUCUUUAUUUUCAUCGACCACACCCACCAUGCAUACCAACAAGCAAUGUACACACCUGGCUUCAUAUCAGGAAAGGAAAUAAUAUAUUUCAAAAGAGAUCAUGAUGUAAACCGUAUUCAAAAUUUAAGGAAGAACGUGUGGCAAUUUCAAUUGAUAUUUCUACCCUAUCAUCUCUGAAAAUGAUCAUGUUAAAGUUACAGUGUCGCUAUAUGCUUGGGAAACUUUAUUAAGAAUCUGAAU